GUGUGGGCAGUUCGGGCAGAAGAGCAAUUGCCCGUAGAGCUGGCUUUCCCUGGAAGCUUACUACUGUAUAGGAAAAAGAGAAAAUACAACACGUUGUUCUUUUCUCUCCUACGUUUCGAAAACAAACACACUUUUGUUUAAUCCUCGAUCUGAAUGAAGAUCCAUUUAACAGUUUUUAAGAAUGAUCGGCAACAGAUAUGAGAGUUUGCCGUAUAUGUGCUUUAACAAAUAGUUUCAAUGACGGAGUUUCGUAAGAGAAUGCUAGACGAUGAAAAUAACGAUUCACCUGAGAAAUGCAGGGAGCGGAGGCACCGGAGAAUAAGAAUGAGGAAAUUAGCGGAAACCUCUCCUCCCGGUUCUGGACUGCCUGCUAGCCGGAGUGGAAAUGAUAACCAAACGGAGAGUAAGCGUAUAAGCACGGUGUCGGAAACGAGUGCUAUUCCACCGGCUGCGAUUUCUACAACCGCAUCUUCUGGAGAGAACGUGGAACCUGUGGAUCCAGAGGCGACGUUGAGAGAGGGGGACUCGGCUGAGCCGGUGUACGGGGCGAUGUCCGUGUCGGGUAGGGCAAGAGAGAUGGAAGACGCAAUUUCUAUACGGACGAGUCUGUGUCGUCCAGAGAUUAAUCGGCGACGACCUCUACAUUUCUUCGGUGUAUACGAUGGGCAUGGAGGGCCUCAAGUGGCAGAAUUGUGCAGAGACAAACUGCACGUGUUGUUUGAAGAAGAGCUAAAGCGCGUGAGUUGCACGACCGAAAAUGAAGGUGCGGAUAGUGGUUACUCGAUAGCAGAGGAGCCAGAGCUGGAAGCAGAAUGGGAAGAAAGGUGGAGGAGAGUGGUGGCGAGGAGCUUCCAAAGAAUGGACGAAGUGGCGAUUACAACUUGGGGUAGUUUGGGGUAUCGUUGGGGGUGCCACCCAAUGGAGGAAGCUCUUUGUGGGUCCACUGCUGUCGUGGCAGUUUUAACGUCCGAAUACAUCGUUGUUGCAAAUUGUGGUGAUUCACGCGCCGUCCUCUGCAGGGGUGGGAGAGCAAUUCCUCUUAGUUGUGAUCACAAGCCUGACAGACAAGAUGAACUUGCAAGGAUUGAAGCUGCUGGGGGAAGAGUAAUAUUUCUGAAUGGAGCACGUGUUGAAGGCAUUCUUGCUAUGUCCCGUGCUCUAGGUCAAUUCAUGCAGCUGCCAAGUAAAGUGCUAACAACAACAUGCAAAUGAUGAUGCGACAAGUAUCUUAAACCAGUUGUAACAUCAGAGCCUGAAAUAACUUUUACCAAAAAGGAACCAGAAGAUGAGUGCUUAAUUCUUGCAAGUGAUGGGCUGUGGGAUGUUCUAUCGAACGACUUGGCUUGUGAAGUAGCUUCCAAGUGUCUUGGAGAAGAAAAUAAUAGAGGUCAUAAAUCUACAGAGAAGGCAAGGCCACAGAUAGACGAUGAUGGGGCGGAAGCAUUGUAUCCAUCCAGAAGUGUGUUGGCUGCUGCACUGCUAACUCGACUUGCUUUGGCACGGAAAAGCUCUGACAACAUCAGUGUCAUAGUUAUUGAUCUCAAAGAGGUGUCAGCUGAGUCGUAUAUAGAUAGAUGCUGAUAUGAUCUUGAUAUGAACAUGGUACAGGUCUCAUAUAUUAAGAGAAGCAUGCACAUAAUAUCUUUACAUAGGUGAUAGAUGGAAAGGAAAGCAUUAAACUGAUUGCUAGCUAUUUCAUUCUGCCAGCGUUUCUGUGGGAGAAUCGUUUUAACAUUGAUACUAUUACUUUUAUGUGUAUCAUCUUUUAUCCCCUGUUGGGAAACUUAAGGUGCAUAUUUCCUUUUCGUAA